UCCCAUCGUUUCGCAGCAAGUUGAUUCCCUGCUCUACUGCAAUUUCACUACAAUCUAAAGCAACAUGCCCCCGCUACCGCACAUUUUCACUGACACAAAACUAGAAACAACUAUCGUCAACCUCACUACUCGCCUCGUGCAAAGCGUGGCGGAAGGUGAUUGGGAAACAUAUGCGUCUCUGGUGUCCCACGAUAUGACGGCUUUUGAACCAGAAUCGGGCGAACAUCAGGUUCAAGGCCUAGAUUUCCACAAAUUCUACUUUUCCCUUGCUCACGCCCAAAGUGCUACUUCCCCACCGCCUUACGCAAGUCUUCCACCAGCAACAACAACCCUGGUCUCCCCCCAUGUCCGUAUUCUCUCUUCAGACCGCUGUUCGGCGCUCAUCACCUACGUGCGUCUUGUCCAGCGUGUUAAACAGACUCCCGAAGGAACGUUGGAGCCAGUAACUACCACUUCGCAGGAGACUAGGGUUUGGGAGCUGGACCGAAAGGAGGGCGCAUGGAGGAAUGUGCAUUUCCACCGGUCGCUUGUAAAAGCGCCUGAAGUUAUCAUUAAGGAGGUGAAGGCUAAGUUGUAGGACAUUGUAGGGCAUCAAUUCAGCAAAACCUAUUCAGAUAAAUGACUAGGGUUUUAAGACAAAUUCUGUACAUUUUGAUCUGCGAUACACACCCCCAUUACAAUGAAUAACAAUAUUAUAUACAUAAGGCCA